AUGGUGAGUACUGGCCACCCCAGAGGCUUCAACGGAGAAUGCACCAGUGGAACAGAGCAGUGGAAGCAGCAGACUGCAGUGACCGAUGAAUUACUAGGGUUCAAACACCCCCCAGGAGAGGGCGAUUGGCUAGUAGCCAUCUUGGAGAGGGCCCAGCAAGGGGCUAAAGCAUGCGGCUCGCUUUCCUGGAGCUUGUCAUGUGGCAGGGGCCUUCAUAUAAAGCGGUACCGGUGCUCUUCCCGGGGAGCGCACCGGACCAUCAUGCAGGUCCAGAUGGGUGAAGGUGACUUCUACGUGUGGAUAGUCUCCCUCUUUCCUCUGGUCGCUGACUCAUCAACCAAACUGAGGAAGACCAGGAAACGUUGGGGCCAAGUGAGCCACAGCCAUGGCUACAUCGGCAAGCACCGGAAGCAUCCCAGAGGCUGGGAUAAGGCUGCUGGCAUGCGUCACCACAGGGUCGACUUUGAAUAUCACCCAGGUUACUUUGGGAAGGCUGAUAUGAGGCAUUACCACGUAAAGAAAAAGCAGGGCUUCUGCCCAACUUUCAACAUUGAUAAGUUGUGGGCAUUGGUCAGUGAGCAGACGCAAGUAAAUGCUGCCCAAAAUAAGCCUGGAGUAGCUCCCAUCAUUGAUGUAGUGAGGUCUGGCUACUACAAAAUUCUUGGGAAAGGAAAACUCCCGAAGCAGUCUGUCAUUGUGAAGGCCAAAUUCUUCAUCAGAAGGGCUGAGGAGAUUAAGGGUGUUGGGAGGGGGUGUCCUGGUGUCUUGAAGCCACUGGAAAGGGGGCUCAUUAAAUGCUAA